AUGGCAAACGCUGCUGACAGCGCUACUUCCACGGCGGAUGAAAGUAAACGAGGCAGUUUAUUCGGGGUUUCGGCGACGUGCCCGAUGCCAUCAGAGGAAAACUUUUCUCAGCGGUCAAGCCUUCACCACUUUGGCAUUAUUGCUAGAAAAAGUGUGUUAUGUGCGUCGAGGCAGCAGAAGGCGUGUGGCGCCUCAUUGUGCGCCUUUCCCCUUGAUGACGCUACUGCUUGCGAGAGUGGUGCCUGGCGGGCGACUGGGUGCUCCCCGCUAGCCGCGUUGGCGUGUGGUGUGGAGGACCUGGAGGGUGGGGUGGAGCAAACCUGGAGUUUACUCAGUCAAUCGAGUUUGUGGGGUUCUUCCGUUUGUGGUUGCAUCACAGCGUCGUCAUGGGGUGUUCCAGCAAAUGUGAAAAAUAGUAUUUCCAGUUUUCUUCGCCUUGGGGCCUUUUUGAGCCUUCGUGCCGUGUUGGUGCCGCUUCCUGACUGUGGGGAUGAUGGUAGCGAGACGACGGCUGCGUUUACCGAAGCUGUUGCCGUUCUCGCAGAGCACUUGCGACAGGCUCGGACGACAAACAUUUGGGUUUAUUGCGAUGCCGCGUCCCAGGCUCAUCGUGUGGCGUUUUGUCGACUUCGCACCGCCCUUGUAUGGGGUUCCACCACCCCGCCUUUGUUAACUGAGGCUGUGAAGUCUGUGUCACGCGAGGCACUGCAAAGAGUGAUGCCUUACUUGUACUUCUCUGAGACAUUCGGGGCACUUCCCUCUGAGUGGCUUGGAGAGCCUGUUGUGGCGUUUAAUGUCCCACGUGUUGACAGCGUUGAGCGUGCUUUGCGGUUUGGCGCUUUCAGGGCUGCACCCGAUUCAGAUUUGCCGAGUGACAUUUUACCUCGUAUUCAUUCUUACUGGGCCACAGCGCAACCUCCUUUUAUCUCUUUAAUGGCAUUUGUUGUGGAGCUACUUCGUCGACGGGCGGCACCUAUGUUUUCUGUAGACGAAUUUGGGAGGGCCUACACGCUUCUGGACCAGUUGUAUGAGAGGCAUAUAUUGGACGAUGGAAAGGACAACUUUGUUAACUUUGAGGACACCUUGCAACUUCCACUACAGCCGCUAGGUCACAUGUUGUCAAGCGGGGUCUAUGAAGUGUUUGAGAUGGAUGCUGCCAAGUACAGACAGUACCAUGCCGCAAUGCUUCACUACUUCCGUGAUUGGUUAGAGAACUAUGAGGAGCGUAGCCACGGGAAAAUGUGCAGUCAGCAUGUAAAGAGCACAACAGGCGAAGGAAUGAAGACCGUGUACGUUGUUCUUUUAGGUGCUGGUCGGGGUCCCUUGAUUGGGGAAUGCUUAUUUGCAGCCUCCUCCGUUGGUGUUCGCGUCCACUUGUUUGCGGUGGAAAAAAACCCUGAGGCGGUGGAUUUUGUUCGUCUUCGAUUGCGCGCAGAUCCCCAAUGGUGCUACGGCAUAGACACAUACGGUCAUGUGGUAGAAACCCUCUGCGCCGACGGGCGAGCGGUGACAGCGACGAUAGUGGGAUCGCUGCCGACACAGUGGGGUUUAUGUGAUCUUGUUGUUUCCGAACUACUUGGAAGCUUUGGUGAUAAUGAACUUAGCCCAGAAUGCCUAGAGGAGUUUUAUGAGGAUUUUCGACGUCACCAGGCCUCCGUUGGAAUUCCUCUAAAUCCACACAUGACUUCCAUACCACAAGAGUACACCGCCUGGAUUGCCCCACUCUAUUCAGGAUGGAUGGAGGAAGCCCUCGCAGGGACGGCUGUCUCUGGGCUUACUGUGCUGCCGUCAUGGUGCCACGACCGUUGUGCGGCAAUUUUUCACUCCAUGUUUGUCACAAAUGUGUGUCGCGGUGUCGCCUUGUCGUCACCGCAGCCGUGCUGGACAUUUAACCACUUUACCGGGAAAGAAUAUUUUCAGCAGGAGCGGGAGGCUUUACUCACUUUUCGCAUGAACACGUCUGGUCGCUGCAGUGGCUUUAUUGGAUACUUUACGGCUGUAUUAUUUGCCACUAAAUCGAAUUGUGAUGGAGAGACCAAAAAGGAUGUUUUUGUUUCUACGACUCUUUCAACCGCCCCUGAAGAGCGAACCUUUGGAAUGUUUAGUUGGUUCCCGUGUUUCUUCGCCACUGCGCCACGAGACAUGCUGGAAGUGGACGCCAAUGACUGUUUGCAACUGCACCUGCGGCGUUGCGUGGAUGCUGCUGGGAGGCGGGUGUUCUACACCUACGACGCCAGUCUGCUAUCAAAGGGGCCUGUGGGAGCAGUGAAGGCGACCACAACAGUUAUUAACGACGGUGGCUGGGCCGCAUCCAUCCUCUUGUAUUCCUGA